AUGGGAUAAGUUUUGUGCGUCUCUCUUUCUCUUAGCUUACUAUAUCUACAUAUCAUAUAUCAUAUACCAUCAUCCACCAUUUAGAACUUCCGGCCACCACCUUGCUCCGGUGGCGGCUGCACCUUGCUCCUGUGGUGGCUGUGGGCUGAGCAGGUGAGAAAUCGAUGGGUCAUGUGGUGGGGAUCGGUGGUUUCACAGAUGAUUCGAGUCAAAUUAGUAAGCAACGACAGGAGUUGAUUGAUAGAGUACUGGAGUUUGUAGAUGAAGAUCAUGAAAAGUUUUUAAAAAGAAUAAGGGAAAGGAUAGAUAGGGUUGGAAUCGAGACACCAAAGAUUGAAGUAAAGUUCGAGAAUUUGUCAGUGGAAGGAGAUGUUUAUGUAGGUCGCAGAGCUCUUCCUUCUCUCUUUAACACCACCUUCAACUCAAUCGAGAGCACACUGGGUUUAAUUGGGAUCGUCCCUUCCAAGAAGAGAAAAGUCAAAAUUCUUCAGUCCAUUAGCGGCAUUGUCAAACCAUCAAGGUUGACACUGCUUUUAGGUCCACCAGGUGGAGGAAAAACCACAUUGUUGCUCGCGCUAGCAGGGAAACUCGAUCAUGAUCUUAAAGUAUCUGGGAACGUUUCUUAUUGUGGGCACCAACUGUUUGAAUUUAUUCCUCAAAGAACUUGUGCUUAUAUAAGUCCUCAUAAUCUUCACACCGGGGAGAUGACAGUGAGAGAGACAUUGGAUUUUUCAGGAAGAUGUUUAGGAAUUGGGGAAAGAUCGCGUUUGCUUACAGAGAUCUUGAAGAAAGAGAAAGAAGCAGGAAUCGAACCAGAUCCAGAUAUUGAUGCUUUCAUGAAAGCCAUAGCUGUUUCAGGUCAAGAAACCAGUUUGAUCACCGAUUAUAUCCUCAAGAUUCUUGGGUUGGAAGGUUGUUGUGAUGUUAUGGUUGGUGAUCAAAUGAGAAGAGGCAUUUCUGGUGGUGAAAAGAAACGUGUUACUACUGGAGAGAUGUUGGUAGGACCCGCAAGAGUAUUUUUCAUGGACGAAAUAUCAACUGGAUUAGACAGUUCCACAACUUACCACAUCAUAAAGUUCUUAAAAGAAAUGGUUCAUAUAAUGGACUUAACCAUGGUUAUCUCUCUUCUACAACCCGACCCUGAAACCUACAAACUAUUCGAUGACAUCAUCUUGAUGUCAGAAGGUCAAAUAGUCUACCAAGGUCCAAGUCAAAACGUUCUAGAAUUUUUCGAAUUAAUGGGAUUCAAAUGUCCCGAAAGAAAAGGGGUACCCGACUUUCUUCAAGAAGUAACUUCACCAAAAGACCAACAACAAUACUUUUUCAACCCAGACCAAAUUUACCGAUUUACCCCUAUCACCGAAUUCUCACAAUCUUUCAAAUCCUUCCAUAUCGGAAACAAACUCGAGGCCGAAAUCCACACUCCGUAUAAUAAUUCGGAAUCACACGCGGAUGGGUUAGCUAAGGGUAAAUUCGAAAUAUCAAAUCUUGAGAUUUUGAAGGCGUGUUUUCAUAAAGAAUGGUUGUUGACAAAGAGAAACUCGUUGCUUUAUAUAUUCAAGACUUUUCAGUUGACUUUUAUGUCGUUAGUGGGAAUGAGUGUUUUUUUUAGAAGUGAAAUGAAAGCGGGAAAUUUUGAAAAUGGAGGGAAGUUUUUUGGGUCGCUUUUUUUUGGGCUUUUAAUGGUGAUGUUUAAUGGAAUGGCUGAGCUUGUUUUAAUAGUUAUGAGGCUUCCGGUUUUUUAUAAACAUCGGGAUUCUUUGUUGUAUCCUGCUUGGGCUUUUGCUAUUCCUAUUUGGGUACUUAAAAUUCCGUUAUCUUUUAUGGAAUCUGGAAUUUGGGUGAUUUUAACGUAUUAUACUAUUGGAUAUGCACCCGAUGCCACUAGAUUCUUUAAGCAGUUCUUGACGUUCUUUUCCAUACAUCAGAUGGCUCUUUCCCUUUUUCGAUUAAUUGCUGCAGUUGCAAGAACAGAUGUUCUUGCAAACACUUUGGGUGCUUUUGUUUUAUUGCUGAUUUUAGUCCUCGGAGGAUUUGUAGUGGCCAAGGAUGAUACAGAGCCAUGGAUGUCAUGGGGAUUUUAUGCUUCUCCUAUGAUGUAUGCACAGACGGCUUUGGUUAUAAAUGAGUUUCUUGAUAAGAGAUGGAGUGCUCCCAAUAUAGACCCAAGAAUUAAUGCAUCAACCAUUGGAGAAGCUCUUCUUAAAUCAAGAAGUUUUUUCACCAAAGAUUAUUGGUUCUAUAUUUCUAUUGGAGUACUCAUUGGCUUCUCAAUCCUCUUCAAUAUAUUAUUUAUCAUAGCUCUAACUUUCUUAAAUCCUCUUGGUGAUAUUAAAACUGUUAUCAGAGACGAAAGUGAUUUCAAGAAUUCAAACAGUGAACUCUAUGAAGAUGCUGAGAUGACAUUGAGAAGUACUUCAAGGAAAAAUGGGGAUCGAAUGGAAAGAAGAGGAAUGGUUUUACCAUUUCGCCCCCUUUCACUUGCUUUCAACCAUGUCUACUACAGCAUUGAUAUGCCUAAUGAAAUGAAGGGAAGAGGGGGUGAAAGUGGACGACUUCAAUUGUUGAGGGAUGUUAGUGGUGCUUUUAGGCCCGGGAUAUUGACUGCGCUUGUGGGGGUUAGUGGGGCCGGAAAGACAACGUUAAUGGAUGUUUUGGCGGGAAGAAAGACAGGUGGAUGUGUUGAAGGAAAUAUUUUUAUUUCAGGGAAUCCAAAAAAUCAAACUACAUUUGCUCGUGUUAGUGGUUAUUGUGAACAAAAUGAUAUUCAUUCGCCAAAUGUUACUGUUUAUGAAUCCCUUCUAUAUUCGGCUUGGUUGCGCUUAUCUUCAGAUGUAAAUUCAAACACACGAAAGAUGUUUGUAGACGAAUUGAUCGAACUGAUGGAGCUUAAUCCAAUACGUGAUGCAAUAGUUGGGCUUCCUGGAGUAGAUGGACUCUCAAUCGAACAAAGAAAGAGGCUCACAAUAGCAGUAGAGCUAGUGGCAAAUCCGUCAAUAAUAUUUUUAGAUGAACCAACAUCUGGUCUCGAUGCUAGAGCUGCUGCCAUUGUUAUGCGCACUGUAAGAAACACAGUCGACACAGGAAGAACAGUCGUAUGCACAAUUCAUCAACCAAGUAUAGACAUAUUCGAAUCUUUCGAUGAGUUGAUUUUGAUGAAGAUGGGAGGACAAAUUAUUUAUGCGGGACCUUUAGGGAAAAAUUCGCAUAAGUUAGUGGAGUAUUUUGAAUCUAUUUCAGGAGUGCCAAAGAUUAAUGAUGGUUAUAAUCCUGCCACGUGGGUAUUGGAGGUGACCUCUUUGGGAAUUGAGAGUCAACUUGAUGUUGACUACGCGGAAAUAUAUUUCAAUUCCUCUCUUUAUCAGCGAAAUCAAGAAGUUAUCAAAGAGCUUAGUACUCCUUUAAGUGGUUCCAAGGACCUUUUUUUUCACACCGAGUAUGCUCAACCUUUUCUUGUACAAUGCAAAGCUUGUUUUUGGAAACAACAUUUGUCUUAUUGGAGAAACCCACAAUAUAAUGUCACUCGAUUUGUCACCACUAUCCUCAUUGCUGCUAUAUUCGGUGCUGUUUUCUUGAACAAGGGCAAAAAGAUGGAAAAACAACAAGAUUUGUUAAACAUGUUGGGAGCUUUGUAUGCUGCUGUUGUUUUUCUUGGAGCAAUAAAUCAAAAUGCUGUGCAACCGAUUGUUGCUGUUGAAAGAACGGUUUUUUAUCGUGAAAGGGCUGCAGGGAUGUAUUCGUCUUUACCAUAUGCUCUUGCUCAGGUGGCUAUAGAGUCGAUCUACAUUACAAUUCAAACUAUAAUUUACGUCUUCCUUUUAUACCCUUUGAUUGGAUUCGAGUGGACAACUUCAAAAUUUUUGUGGUUCUUCUUUUAUAUGUUGAUGAGUGACAUAUAUUUCACCAUGUUUGGUAUGAUGACCAUGUCAUUGACACCAAGUCCACAAAUCUCAGCUGUUUUGAUCUACUUCUUCCUUUGCCUUUGGAACUUGUUUUCAGGUUUCAUUAUUCCUAAACCGCAAAUACCAAUAUGGAGUAGAUGGUGUUAUUGGCUAACACCUUUGAGUUGGACAAUGUAUGGCCUUCUAACAAUCCAAGUUGGUGAACAAAAUCAUAAUUUUGAGGUUCCUGGUGUUGCCAAUAUAACCCUAAAAGGUUUCAUUAAAGAGGCGUUUGGAUACGAGUAUGGCUUUCUUCCUGUUGUGGCUGCAGCUCAUAUUGUUUGGAUCCUUUUGUUUUUCUUCAUAUUUGUUUGUGGCAUCAAGUAUCUUAAUUUUCAACAACGGUGAUCUUCAGGACUUGUUUCUAUAGAAAUCUCAUCAACUUUUGUAGAAAUGAAAGAAGGAAGUUUGUUUGAUAGGAUCUAAGUA